AUGGGCGCCUCGAUAGACGACCUUCUGGAUGAAACAGGCGAGCUCCAGGAUCAAGAACGAGCUCGAGAAGCCGAGGAAGCACAACGGAUCGCGGAGGAGAAGAGUGAGUCCCCAGCUCGAUACCGGCGUUUAGCUUGCUGGCUGCCACAUGCUUGACCUGACCACCCCUUGUAUUGCUCUCUAUUUGGGAUAGAAGAACAAAGUACGGGGAAGAAGAAGCUCACCCCCGAACAAGAGGCGGCGAAGCAGCAAGAACUCGUGCAGGUCAGUCAGUCAGGACCAUUCCGGCGCCAGCCGAUCAGGGGUCCCACUCGCAAUCAGAUCUUGGGCUCACGAUGCUACCUUCUUGCUCGCAGGCAUAUGGUUACGUGGAGGAAGAAGACGAUGCAUCCGCCGAUGAAGUCGACCAAGCCUCCGAUGCGGUUUUCAUCGACCCGCGAGCGCUCAGCAAGAAGGCAAGGAAGAAGGCCGAGCAAAAGCAACUCGCGGCCGGUGUCGGUGAGUUGCCACCCCGUAUUGUUAUGUUGUGAAAUGAAACAACCGCCUGAUGACCUGUCUCUGUGGCUAGAUCUACUCAUGCUUCCCAACAUGAACGCGGCGAUUGUCAAAGGUGCCGAGCUUCAGAGGCGGAAGGAAGAUUCUGCCAAAGCGUCGGCCAAGCGGGAAAAGGACAAGGCCGAUCUGAAGAAACAAAAGUGAGCAGCAUAGCUCGGGAGCUUGUGAGGACUGCGUACUGACCCCUUCUACCGCCAUUCGCUGCCUUGGAAAAUUUUCAGGGAUGACGCCGCCAAGAAGCUCCUGGACAAGCAGAAGAAGGCACAGAAAGGGGAACGCAAGGCCUGA